UUUACAUUUUUACGGCGUAGAAUAUACAAGCAAUGCGGUUUCAGCGCCGAUACCCAACCUUUCAGAACUGGCCAGAAGUCCUGUUCCACCUGUUUCGCCGCGUUUUGUAAACCUGAUGCAGCGAAGAACGCGUCGUCCUUGAGGUUGGGAACUCCGGUAUGUUUCGGUAGGCCACCGCGGGUCGGGACGUCAUGGCUGGUGGGAGAGAGGAAGCGAGCCGCGCUGAACGAGACAAAUGCCGUUUUCUGUGCACCGUCCUGCCAGCUACUGCGGCACCGAUCGCUCGCCCGCUGACGCCAUUCAGACCGCGGCAAUAGCUCUUCCUGGAUUUCGCCGGCUCUGAAGGGGCUAGGAUGUUUCGUGGGCGGCCGCACCGAGGUUACCCCCGGAAUUACCCUCCCCGGGGUCCGGCGGGCGCCUCGCCUCCCCGGCGCUCCCGGCCGCCCGGGCCCUACCGGGACGACAGGGACCGGGAGCGCCAGCCUUUCCACCCCGGCUUUCACGGCCACGCCGGGGGCUACCGGCGCUCCCCGCCGGCCAGGGGCUACCCUUCCCCCGAAGGUGGAGGCAGCCGCGGACCGAUGAGCGAGUUCCGAGGCGGGGGCCCGUCGCCCAGGGAGCACCCCCCCGUGCGGAGGCUCACUCCAUCUCCCCCUCCUGGUGGGAUCCCAAUAGAUCACAGCCUGGUCAUUACAGUGGGGAACGAGCUGACCUUCGGUUCAUCGGGCCGAGAUCCCGGGGGAGCCUCUGAUCACAGGAGAGUGGAUCCCCGAAAAGCGCUGCCCCCUGAGCACUUCUAUGAGAGAGAGGAAGUGGAUGAAGACUAUCUCAGGGCCCCUGCGGGUCAAGGAAGAUACCCAGCGCAUGAGUGUGACGUUGAUUUCCAUGGCAAGAGCCCACCUUUUCCUCCCAGGCCAGAGGAGUGCUCCAGAGGAGGCAGCCAGGAACGGGACAGGUACAGAAAGGCCUCCUACCUUCCCAAGGAUGCGAAGAGGCCCAGUUAUGAGCUGGAACCCGACGAAAGGGGCUACAACACAGACAGGUCCCGCUACUCUGAGCGCACUAUGGAGACCAAGGGGCGGAGCCGCAGCAGGGGGCGGAGCCGGGGGCGGAGCCGCAGCAGGGGGCGGAGCCGGAGUCGCAGCCGUGGGAGGAGCCGGAGCCGGAGUCGGAGCCGAGGCCGCAGCCGGAGCAAGAGCAGGGCUAGGAGCCGGGGCCACACCGCGGUAAAGAGCCGCGGCCGGAGUCGCAGCAGCAGCAGCAGGGGAAGCCCUUCCGCCUCGCUUUUCAAGGACAAGAUGAGCGAGGGCUUCCGGGAGCUGGAGCUGGCCCGCAGGAGGAAGGAGAAGGAGGAGCUGGAGAGGCUGGAGGACGAGUCCUCUCGGCGCGGUCCGCCCCACGCCAUGGCAGCCAGCGUCCCAGGACACUACCAGGCUGAGGAGUGGCUGCCCAUGCCCAAAAAGUCCAUUCUGAAAAAACGGAUUGAUCCCGACGUGGAUGCUUCUCUGAGCGCUCAGGGUGGUGAACUGUCAAGCGAAGCCUCUUUAGAUCAGCCGAGCAGCAACCUUUCGAAACAGACUGAACGUUUCCUCAACACUCUGAGCAAAGGAAUGGAGUCCGGCAUCUUGUGUUCGCUGAAGAAAGCAAGUGAGGAGGUGCAUGGCCACAGGUUGCAGAAGCAGAUCUCAAAAGAGUCCUGUUCCUAUAAGGAGCAAAUUGAAGAAUCGUUCUUCAGGGUUAAUCGGGAAAAGCCAUUGGAAAGCGCGAGUGAAUUUCUCCUUCCGCAUGAGAGGGUUAGCCAGGAUGGUAGUGGGUUUUCUAGAAUUCUAGGUAUGAUGGGCGAAUUCCCCAGCCCACAGGAGGAGAGGAAGGGUUUCACAGAUAUAGAGGAUGAGGAGAAGUUCCUUUAUGGAGAUGAAGAAGAUGACCGAGAGCAAGCCCAGAUCCAGUAUCUGUCUCAGAUGGGAAUUGCCCGCCAACAAAGUCAACCUGAAACUGGACAAUAUGGGGAUAACCAGCCUGGAGCAGGGGAGUGUCAGAUGAGCCAGCUGGGAGGAACCCACCCACGGCAAAGCAAGAAUGUCUUUGGAUUUCAUCACCAUCUGGGCAGCGCUGAAGACCGUACAGCCGGCGGCUCUCAGUCCAGCACAGUGCAUCGCCAGCAAAGCCUGUCGGGCCUGACCUCUGGCGGGGACGACAAGGCAGGGAUUGCCCACGCACUGAAGCGCCCGGACAAAGCUUGCAGCCAGCAGGGCCAAGCGGGAGGCUACCCGCCGGGCGCGCCUCGCAAGGACGCCGCGGAAACUCCGGAUCCCCAGGAAUACGAGAAGAUCCAGAACUUGCUAAAAACGAUCGGGCUCGACAUCGGCAUGGCUGAAAUCGGCCAGCUCGCAGCCCGCACGCACGAGCGCCUGCACGGGAAGAGGCCGCCGGCGGGGAGCUCGCAGUCCGCCGAGCGGAGGCAGGACCGGAGCCGCCGCCGCAGCCAGAGCCACGCCAGGUCCCCGGACCCGGAGCACGGCCGCGCGGCCUCGCCCCCGCCGCCGGCGAAGCGGGCCUCACUCGCGGACCCUGCGUCCGCGUACGGCUCGGAGUUUGGAAUCGAGGCCGGGGAGAAGACGAGCUGGGGAAUCCCUGUCCUGGGGGAAAGUGCCACGCAGCCCUCUGUGUCGGCGUCAGCUGCUGCUACCAGCCCUGCAGCAUCUCAGCCUGUUGCACCUGUAGGCCCCAGUCCUGCCCACUCUGCACCUCUGUACUCUCAGUACCAGCAUCAGCAAGCCAUGCCAAACUACCCGCUGCCAGGCUAUGACCAGUAUGGGAACUACAUCCCUUACAUGCCUCCCAGAUGGCCAAUGUACCCACCUCCCUCACAGGGGCAGCCCGUUGGUACCCACCAGGCGCCAAUACCCGUUAUUCCCCCAGUGGAAGAUCGCCCCCUGAAAUCCAGCCACCCUUACCUGCGGGUCAUCGAAACGGUGCCCAUGGAAAAAAAGCCAGCGCGUUCCUCAAAGGAGGAGUCUGCUCUGGUACAGGUGCCGGUGAUAGAAAGCCUAGACAAGAAAUCCCCUGACGUGGCAGUAGGGAAUAACCAUCAGCACAGGGCAGCGGAGGAGAAAAAUAACGCCAAGCAGAAACAAAAGGUCCUAGAAGAAAGGGAGAAGCUGAGGAAGGACAGAGAGGCUCGCGUGAAGAAGAAGGAGUAUCUCGUGAAGGAGCUGGAGAGACUGCGGAAGCAGCAAGGGGAGCUGCUGCGGAAGAAGCGCAGGGAGAAGGACGGCCACAAGGACCCCCUCCUGGCGGAGGUGGGCCGGCUGCAGGAGGAGGUCAUGGCGCAGAUCUCCGCCAUCCGCAAGGAGCAGGAAUCCGCAGAGAAGAAGCGGGCCGAGCUGGACAAGGUGGCUCUGAUCCUGGGGCUGCACGCUUCCGACAAGCACCGGAAGGAGCCCAGGGACGGCAGGGAGCUGCCGCCGGAGAAGAGGAAAGAGAAGCCCAAGAGCCCCGAGAAAUCUUCCGCUUCCUCCUCCUCCGGCACGUCCCUGAAGGAACCAUCUAGCUCGAAGCCUGACCCCGAAAAGCAGAAGGCUAAAAGUCCUACUCUGUCGUCGGAGAUACCUGCACAUCAGUAUGAAUAUUAUGAUGCUGGUAACCACUGGUGCAAAAACUGCAACACCAUCUGUGGAUCCAUGUUUGAUUUUUUCACACACAUGCACAGCAAGACACACAGAAAGACUCAGGAUCCGUAUGAUAGACCCUGGGCUCCAAAAACGUCCUCUAACGACAACAAACGACUGACAGGGGAGAAGAUUAUUGUUCCUGGCAAAGGUUCCGAGUUUUUGAUCCCUGUGAUAGGAUUUUACUGCCAGCUGUGUGAAGAGUUUUUUGGAGAUCAGUUAUGUGCUGAAGAUCAUGUUACAUGUCAUAGUCACAAUGAAAAGUACAAGCAAUACGUUGAUGAAAAUCCGCUGUAUGAGCAACGGAGAAACCUGGACCGGCAAGCAGGGCUGGCUGUGGUCAUGGACAACAAAGAGCGGAGGCAGACGGAGCUGAAACGGAAGAUGGAGGAAGAUCCCCAGAGUCAGGUGGAGGAAGAGAAGGAAGAGAAGGGCGUGGUGAAAGAAGAGGCCGAGGAACCGCGGGGCCGCGCGGGCCUGGGGGAAAAGACGCCCGCGCUCCAGAAGGUGCCAGGCUCUCCCAAGGUGCCGCUGCAGCCCAAGGCUAAAAAGAAGAGCGAGGAGCCGUCCAGGAACACUGCUGCUCCCGCUUUCGGGAAGUUCAGCUGGAAGAAGAGCGACAAGGACGAGGAGAGCGCUGCCGAGGCUCCUGCAGAAGCGGAGGACAGCGGCGAUCACAGCAAAGAGAAGGACGAUGGGAAGUCCCCUCUUGGGAAGUCCAAGACCAUUGAGAUUAAGCUGUCUGGGAAGACGGUGAUCCCGCCCUCCAGCUCGUGGGUGCCAUUGGCCUCUUCUCCAUCGGUGACCUCAACAGCAAAAAUCCGACCCAACCUGCCUGCGCCGGCCAUGCUCCUGAGAAAGACCAGCCCGGCUGCCGUGAAUAAACCCGCCCCCCUGAACACGUUUCUGUCGAUCAGGCCCUCUGGCAGCAGCACCAACAAGCCGUUGCCGGUAGUGAAGGCUGAGCCCAAAAAGGAUGUAGUGCUGACACCUGACCUUAUUUCCAAGGCCUUCGGUGGGGAGGAGGUGGUUCUCAAAUCGCCCGCCCUGGCAGACAAGAGCUCUCCCGUCGUUGCCGACGCAAAGGUGCCCACGGCAGCCGAAAAAAAAUCACCCGCCGCAGCAGAGACGAAAACGCCCUCCGUGGCCAAGAUAAAUGUUACUGCUGUUGCGGCCCCAUCUCCUCCAGCCAUGCGUGUCAUGAGCUUCGAGUCUGAUGUGGCUGCCCCCGGGGUGCCUGAAAGUGAACAGACCCUCACUGUGCUUGUCCGCCCUCCUCCUCUUCAUAAGUGUUUGAAAGAGUCGGUGAAGAAGAGGGACAAACCCAGAUCUAGUCUGGCUGCAGCAAAAGCACAGGAUUUAUACGACAUCUUUUACAGCAGCACUAGGGGCCCCUCGGAUCUCAAAUUUGGAAGCACGGACGGUGUCGGAGUUAAAGAGAGCAAAAAUGAAACGAGCACGGGGAAGCUAGAGGCCCAAAAUGAAGGAGCAGAAAUGACCAAGUGUCCUAAUAUAACGAAAGGGCAGCAAUCUAAAAACAGUAGCGCAGACACUUGGGAUAUAAGAGAUUCAAAGAAUACUGAAGCAGUCAUAGGAGUAAACAGUGGAGAGGAGACUGGUACCCAGAAUUCUAAGGAACCCACCAGUGACAACUCCCAGAGUAUCUCACAUGACAAAAACCAAGAUAUUGGAAUUCGAAGUCUGAAAGAGACUUCUAGGCAAGUCGUUAGUGGCGUAGGUACUUCAGAAGCGAAGGACAGUGCGGUUAACUCUAAUUUUGAACGUGUAGAUAAAGGUAUUGAGACAAGUUCUAUGAAUAAUGGAUGUACAAUAUCAGGUAAAGAGCGGCCUUGCUCAGUUGGUCAGGAGCAUGAAGUGCACGCCCCAGGCGCUGUUUCCGUGGAAACCGACAGCCCUGCCACACCCCCAGUCCCGCUGACCCCUGAAAUCGAAUUAGACACGCUCCGCAGGCAGGAGGGUGUAGAUCCCCUCGAAACCAGCAAUUGGAUGUCCUCUGAUGCCUCCCUGUUUAGCAUUAAUGACACCUGUGAGGAGGACAACUUCAAAAAUCAAGAGCAGGCUUUUCUAGAAGUUUCAGACCUUCAUGACCCUCUUGAGCUAAGUGAUCCUACAGAUGAGCCAGGGUCCCUGAAACUAGGAGAAGGGGCACGUGAUGUGCCUGUGGAUUUGGGAAUUUAUGAAAAUCCGGCUUUAAGCUUGGAAGCGUCUGUCUUAAAUCUUGAAUCCUAUGAGUUGGGUUUCGAAACUGCAGAUCUAAGUGUCCCUGAGCCUGAGACAAACGUAGCAACGUCAGAGCUACAGAAUGCGGGAACUGCAGGUUUAGAUCUAUGUCCUUCCUCCAGGCAAGUGGAGUUAAAUAUUUUGGAUUCAGUGAGCCAGAGGGACAUAAAAAACGAAAUGCACGGUAUUUCUAGUGGUCUUAUUUUGGAUGGUAUUGAUGAGGCGGCCGACUCGAUUGGUGUGGAAACGGACACCUCAACAAUAACAUCCUCCCAGGCAGCCGAGCCACCUAAAAAAGCAGACUCCACUGCUCCUGAAUCACUGGAAUCUGAAGGGAAACGUCCAAUCGAAUUUAAGCCGCACGCUGUACUUGAGUCACAUCUGCCCAGAGAUGACGAGCAUAGCGGUUGUCAGUAAUUAAACUUAAGCAUAUCUAAUCUACUAAAGAUUGUACUUUGAGUCUGUGGGAUUCCGUAAUUCGACACAUUUCUCUACAUUAGACCAUUCAAAAAUAACAAGCUCAACUAAAGAAAACAAGUCCUUUUCAAAUGCGCUUACUGCGUAGAGGAAGCAGACAUGAACAUGAAACAUAGAUCUUUUGCUAAUGUCUUUCAUUUGCAGCAGCUCCCCUCCCCCUUUAUCUGCCUGAAAAGGUAAAGUACAAACGUUGUUGGCUUAUUUUCAUGAUCUACCCUUUGCUGUUAAGUAAGACUAUUAAGCUUUUUGUUUAUUUUUUCAUGAUUGGCGCAUCGAAACAGGAACUCCCAACGCUUGGUAAGAAGCGAAAAAGAAAAAUCGUCUUGGAUAGAACUAGAAGACAGCAUUGGUAAGACAGAGGACUGUCCUAGGGACCAAAGGGAUUUCACAGACGUUUCACGUGCACACGUUUCCAGAUGCUGGUACCAAGUGUCUUGCUGUCUGCUGCAGCAAAUAAUGAACAGGAGUGAAGAGGUGGAAGAAACUGAAGAGCCUAUGGGACACUGAAAGAUUUUAUUUUUCUUUUAUAUUUGUUUCUGAACUGUUUCUGCUGUUGCAGAAUUAUCUGAGUUUGCCAAUUUUAAUUUCUUAUGUAAAACUGUUACUUGGAUUUUAUGAAGACAUUUGGCCUACAUGUAUUUUUUGUCUUGGAUAUCAUGUGAAAAUAAACCUUAUGCACUGCAUUGUAA